AUGUUUAAGUUAUUGGGCCUAAUGCUCUUGGUGACGGCGGUUCUGGCACGUCCUGAACCGCCAGUGAACUCAUAUCUGCCGCCUUCAGAUAGUUAUGGUGCUCCAGAUGCCAACGGUGGUGGUGGCAGUGGUGGACGUCCUUCUGAUUCUUAUGGUGCUCCUGGCAAUGGCAAUGGCAACAACGGAGGUGGUCGUCCCUCAAGCAGCUAUGGCGCUCCAGGACAAGGUGGACAAGGACAGGGUGGCUUUGGAGGCAGACCCUCGGAUUCGUAUGGUGCUCCCGGCAACGGCAAUAACGGUGGUGGUCGUCCUUCAAGCAGCUACGGAGCUCCAGGACAAGGUGGACCGGGCGGCGGUCUAGGCGGCAAACCUUCGGAUACUUAUGGUGCUCCCGGCAAUGGCAAUAACGGUGGUGGUCGUCCAUCAAGCAGCUACGGUGCUCCAGGACAAGGUGGACAAGGACAGGGUGGCAUUGGAGGCAGACCCUCGGAUUCGUAUGGUGCUCCCGGCAAUGGCAAUAACGGUGGUGGUCGGCCUUCGAGCAGCUACGGAGCUCCAGGACAAGGUGGACCGGGCGGCAAACCUUCGGAUACUUAUGGUGCUCCCGGCAAUGGCAAUAACGGUGGUGGUCGUCCAUCAAGCAGCUACGGCGCUCCAGGACAAGGUGGACAAGGACAGGGUGGCUUUGGAGGCAGACCCUCGGAUUCGUAUGGUGCUCCUGGCAAUGGCAAUGGCGGAGGUCGUCCUUCGAGCAGCUACGGAGCUCCAGGACAAGGUGGACAGGGCGGCGGUCUAGGCGGCAAACCUUCGGAUACUUAUGGUGCUCCUGGCAAUGGCAACAACGGUGGCGGUCGUCCUUCGAGCAGCUACGGCGCUCCAGGACAGGGUGGACAAGGACAGGGUGGCUUUGGAGGCAGACCUUCCGAUUCGUAUGGACCUCCUGCUUCCGGCGCUGGCGCUGGAGGUGGUGCAGGCGGCAACGGCAAUGGAGCGGACUAUGACAACGAUGAACCCGCUAAAUACGAAUUUAAUUACCAAGUUGAGGACGCUCCAAGUGGGCUCUCAUUCGGGCAUUCAGAGAUGCGCGACGGUGACUUCACCACCGGCCAGUACAAUGUUCUGUUGCCCGAUGGAAGGAAGCAAAUUGUCGAGUACGAAGCUGAUCAGCAGGGAUACCGACCACAAAUCCGUUAUGAGGGCGAUGCUAACGAUGGUUCUGGUUCGGGAUCAGGAACUGGCCCUGGAGGUCAGAGUCUGGGUGCCGAUGGCUAUUCAAGCGGUCGUCCUGGCAAUGGCAAUGGCGGUGGUGGGUAUUCUGGUGGUCGCCCAGGUGGACAGGACUUAGGUCAAAAUGGGUACUCCAGCGGACGGCCCGGUGGUAAUGGAAACGGCAACGGUGAUGGUGGCUACCCCGGUGGUCGGCCAGGCGGACAAGAUUUGGGCCAAGGUGGCUACUCCAGUGGACGCCCAGGCAGCAACGGCAACGGUAACGGCGGUGAUGGCGGUCGUGUGAUCAUUGGUGGACGUGUCAUUGGCCAGGAUAACAACGAUGGACAGGGCUACUCAGGCGGACGUCCAGGAGGUCAAGGUCAAGACUUCGGGGCAGGUGGUUAUUCCAGCGGUCGCCCAGGUGGACAAGGACAGGAUCUGAACGGUCAGAAUGGCUAUUCCAGUGGUCGUCCUGGCGGUCGAUCGAAUGAUCAGGACAAUGAUGGCCAAGGCUACUCCAGCGGCAAACCAGGCCAGGGACGCAAUGGCAAUGGCUUCGGACCCGGUGGCCAGAACGGUGACAACGAUGGCAGUGGCUACAGAUAUUGAAUGGAAUCCACCCACCCACCAACAUCCACAGACAAACGAUUACAGGACACACUCACACAUCUUAGAUAAACUUUAGACAUUGAAAACCAUACCUCUAUUUUAAGACUUUUCCAGACAAUUAUGGAAACCCGACUUAUCGGGUGCCUAUACCUAUCCCUGUCCCCUGUCAAUCCCCAUAUACCUAAUGCCAACCUCAAGCCCCACCAAUCUUCAUCUUAUGCUAUCUCAUAUGCUAUCUUCCAUUUCAACACAUACAUAAAUAUUUCUUAGACCAUUGACU